AUGAAGGGGCGCGAGUUACGCGCGAAAGGAUGGAAUCGGAUUGGGAACAUUUAUGUGCCGAAUGAAAAUUAUAUCAAGUUCGAAGCCUGGCUGCAACCGAUCAUAACGGCAUGCGUCCGCGAACAAGACGAGCAGGGCACGGUCUGGACACCCGCAACCUUCAUCGAACGCCUCGGCCGCGAAAUCAACGACGAAUCCUCGCUCCUCUUCUGGUGCACUCGCAAUCACAUCCCCGUCUUCUGCCCUGCUCUCACAGACGGCUCCAUCGGAGAUAACCUCUACUUCCACCAUGCCACACACCCCUCCCAUCUGCACUUCGACAUCGUCGCCGAUAUCGCCGCCGUCAACAACCUCGCACGCGAUGCUAAACGCACCGGACUCCUCGUACUCGGCGGCGGCGCUCCCAAACAUCACGUCUGCAACGCCAACCUCAUGCGCAAUGGUGCCGACUUCGCGGUCUACCUCAACACCGCCCAGGAAUUCGACGGCUGUGAUUCAGGCGCCGCCGUCGACGAGGCCGUCAGCUGGGGCAAAAUCAAAGCCGACGCGCAAUCCAUCAAAGUAAACUUCCCGGCCGUCGGCCACCCCCACGCCGUGGGACACGACCACCCCCGCUCGGUCAGAGCACAUCACCCCAGCCCACCCCCCAGGGUGAAAGUCCCCACAAGGUGA